AUGGGACAGGAUGCUUUCAUGGAGUCCUUCAGCAGCACGGUUGGGAUCUUUCAGUGCAAAAUAUACCUCCUUCUCUUAGGCGCUUGCUUGGGGCUGAAAGUGACAGUGCCAUCACGCACCGUUCAUGGCAUCAGGGGUCAGGCCCUCUACCUCCCCGUGCACUAUGGAUUCCACACUCCAGCAUCAGACAUCCAGAUCAUAUGGCUGUUUGAGAGACCCCACACAAUGCCCAAAUAUUUACUGGGCUCUGUGAAUGAGUCUGUGGUUCCCGACUUGGAAUACCAACACAAGUUCACCAUGAUGCCACCCAAUGCAUCUCUGCUUAUCAACCCACUGCAAUUCACUGAUGAAGGCAAUUACAUCGUGAAGGUCAACAUUCAGGGAAAUGGAACUCUCUCAGCCAGUCAGAAGAUACAAGUCACCGUUGAUGAUCCUGUCACAAAGCCAGUGGUACAGAUUCAGCCUUCCUCUGGCGCCGUGGAGUAUGUGGGGAACAUGACCCUGACAUGCCUCGUGGAAGAGGGCACCCGGGUGGCUUACCAGUGGCUAAAAAACAAAAGACCUGUCCGUACCAGCUCUACCACCUCCUUUUCUCUCCAAAACAACACUCUUCAUAUUGCUCCAGUGACCAAAGAAGACAUCGGGAAUUACACUUGCCUGGUGAAGAAUCCUGUCAGUGAGAUGGAAAGUGACAUCAUUAUGCCUACCAUAUAUUAUGGACCUUAUGGACUUCAAGUUAAUUCUGACAAAGGGCUAAAAGUAGGGGAAGUGUUUACUGUUGACACUGGAGAAGCCAUCUUGUUUUACUGUUCUGCUGAUUCUUACCCCCCCAACACCUACUCCUGGAUCCGGAGGACUGACAAUACAACAUAUGUCAUCAAGCAUGGACCUCGCUUGGAAGUUACAUCUGAGAAAGUAGCCCAAAAGCCAACUGAUUAUGUGUGCUGUGCUUACAACAAUGUAACUGGACGGCGAGAUGAAGCUCAUUUCACAGUCAUCAUCACUUCUGUAGGACUCGAGAAGCUUGCACAAAAGGGGAAAUCAUUGUCCCCUUUAGCAAGUAUAACCGGAAUAUCACUCUUUUUAAUUAUAUCCAUGUGUCUUCUCUUCCUAUGGAAAAAAUAUCAACCCUAUAAAGUUAUAAAACAGAAGCUAGAAGGCAGACCAGAAACAGAAUACAGGAAAGCUCAAACAUUUUCAGGCCAUGAAGAUGCUCUGGAAGACUUCGGAAUAUAUGAAUUUGUUGCUUUUCCAGAUGCUGCUGGUGUUCUCAGGAUGCCAAGCAGGUCUAUUCCAGCCUCUGAUGGUGUAUCAGGACAAGAUUUGAACAGUACCAUUUACGAAGUCAUUCAGCACAUCCCUGCCCAACAGCACGACUGUCCAGAGUAA